CUGUGUGAACGGAUCCCUGUGGAUAGCCGUCAUCAGUUCUUCGUUGUUUUCAUCUCUAACUCUUCAAGAUGCGUCCCAUUGUUUUCCCAAAAGGCUUCCACUGAUAGUGUUUGUUUAUACUACAAUGGAGAAUGGCUAUUUCUCACUCGCUAUAGUUUGUGUUUCAGGCCUUUCGUGAUGUGGGAUUACCACGUAGUUCUACUGCAACAGGUGGACCAAGGCGUUCCUCUCAUUUGGGAUCUGGACACACUUUUGUCGUUUCCUUGCUCUUUCGAUGAGUACUGGAAUGGGGCAAUCCGGCCAACAGGUUGGAAUAUUCCUGAGCAAUAUAACAGGUAUUUUCGUGUGAUCCCUUGUACACAUUACAUUACACACUUCUCGAGUGACCGGUCGCACAUGAAACGUGAGGAUGGGUCUUGGUUAUCUGCUCCGCCAGUAUGGCCACUCAUUUGCAAGGAUGGUUUGAAUAAUAUUCAGGAGUUUAUUAGUAUGGAUCCUAAUGUUCUGCCUCAGAUAAGCACUGUUAUGGAUGAACAUGGGAUGGUUGAAAAGUACUUCGGAUGUUGA